AUGUUUUACCACUUCGAGAAAGAUUGGACAGCGGCGCAGUCGCUUCACAAUGUCAAUGACCCUUUUGGUGAAGGGACAAUUGAAUGUAAGACAGCGUAUACAUGGCCUAAUCGCUUCCAAUCCGGUGACACAAGCCUCAAUGAUGAACUAGGAAGAGGACGACUGGCAAAUUUCGACGUUCAAGCUCUUCUGGCAGUCGUGGAAGAGGACGAAAGCUUGAAAACCAAAAUGUUGGUCGAAGACUUCAAUGCCAACCAUUCCACGACUGUCCCUCGUCCCAAGAAGCUUGGAAAGGUGUGGAAAUUGCCUGGAAGGAUCCUCGAUGAACCUUCCGACAAUAACAAAGCCGACUGGGUCCGAAUUUUCACGGAAUUGCAGCAGAGAAACGAGCAAACACCGAUUCAGAAGAAUGUCACUGGAGAUGAACCGUAG